AUGUAUCUCACACUUCUCAUGGAGAAAAAGGACAAUGAGCAAGAGUAUGAUAUAGGAGAUUCUAAAUACGCGGAAAAGAUUUGUAAGAUGUGUGAAGAGUAUAAACCUAAUGAAAAGAAGAAAGAAAGUAACGUUGAAUUGAAAAUAAUACUUACCGAUGAAGAACCAGUUUUUCAGAAUCCCCAACGUUUGUCACCCUUAGAAAUGAAUGCCGUGAAUAUGCAAGUAGAAGAAUGGUUAAACAAAGGAAUAAUUAAACCAAACAAAUUUGAUUUCGCCUGCCUUGUAGUUCUAUCUACUAAAAAAGAUGGGUCACGUAGAAUGUGUAAAGAUUUCGACGAUUAA